ACUACAGUAUCCUCUCUCUCUCCACGUAUCCUCCUCUUCUUUCUCUAUCUCUGUGUCUCAUUUUCUUCACCCAACCGAACGUACAGAGCAAGAAUCCAAACUCCACGAGAAUCGAGGGAGCAAGAAGUAGGGGGCUCUGAGCGAAACUCCAAAAGCUCAGUGUUCUCUCCAAUGUGCCUUCUCACGGAUCCAAACUUGACCGCCUAUCGUCCUCUUCGACCUACUCUGUGAGGCUUCAGCAAUCGUCAUUAAUGGCGGCUCCGGGCCACCGGAGAACUCUUUCUCGCCGGGACAGUCGAGGGUUCCGGCGUUCUUGGUGUUGUUCUUUUGGCAUUCCUCCCGAAAGCCCCGAAAAUCUGAGUUGUGCUCCCUCCAAGACGACUCACAAAUCUGAGAUCCUUUCGAAAUCUGGUAAUUCGUUCCCCAAUUCUCCUCAGAGCAGCAAAAGUGGGCUAGGGUUGGUUGGACUCAUCGACCGUCGCCGUAUCUUGUCUCCCGGGCGAGUUUCUCCGAUCGAUUCGGAUAAUGCACCUGAUCCUGUUCGGGAUAUAGUGCCGGACACUGCUUCUGUUGGUGAUAAUGGAACUCAAUUGGGAUCCGAGACCUUUCGUUCCACUGAUGAGAAGUUGGUUGCACCAGAGGUAUCUGAGGCUUAUCAGACUCCCGCGCUUGACCGUUCUUUGAGUACUGGCACAAAAGCCGAGAGUUGUUCCCCGGUGUUUGAUGUGAGACUAAGCUUGAAGGGCAAGAACGGGGGUUGCUUGGUCUUGGAAUUGGACUCGGAGGUGCUUUCUGCGAAUAGCUCUGUAUUUGCCGAUUUGAUCUCAGACUGCCGAAGGGGUUCGGGCAGCCGUGCGGCUGCAAAACUUUGCAGGAUUGAGGUUCCUGAUGUUGAGAAUUUGACCGUCUUUCGUGAAACCAUUGAGCUUAUGUUUCUGGACGAUAUCACGAGGCGUCUGUUAAAGAUGGGCGUCUCCCGUUCGAUUGAUGUACUCGAGGUCUCAGCAGGCAUAGUGUUUACCAAGGGCGUUUUGUCUUGUUUGAAAUACCUUGAGGCUGUUCCUUGGAGUGAGGAUGAGGAAGAGAAGCUGAAGAGAUUGUUUACGAAGUUCAGUUUUGAUAAUGCAACAGCUAGAGAAGUGUUGGGCAGGCUGUAUCCACUGGAGCAAGUUGAUUCUGAGCAACAUUUGGCCAUGCAACUCAUUUGGUCAGUCACUAAUGGUGCUGAUGCUGGUGCAAGGAAUGAGCUUAAGUCUUUGGUCAAGGGGCUUUUGUCCAAGAGCUCAGUCUAUGAGAAGGAGACUGAGCUCAACAAGGAUGAUCUGUAUGUUGUUUGUCAGAGUUGUAUUGGUUCCCUGGUUGGGCUUUUUGAGGAAGCCUCCGAUUCUGUUACUGAGAAGCCAUCAAAAGAAGAUAAUGGUAAGCCCUUGAUUGAACGGGUUUCUAGGCAAGUUGACAACAUCAACUGGCUUCUGGAGAUCCUUCUGGAACGUCAAAUGGCAGAAGAGUUUGUUGACGUGUGGGCAGAUCAAGGGGAGCUGCUGAGGAUGCAUGAGUUGGUGUCUCCAAUGAUCAGGUAUGAGUUAAGCCGAAUAUCAGCAUGCAUAUUCAUUGCACUAGGGAGAGGGAAGUUGCACUGCCGAUCAGAAGCCAGGUGCGCGGUCCUGCAAGCAUGGUUUGGGCCAAUGCUAGUAGACUUUGGGUGGCUGCAGAGGUGCAGGAAGGGGCUAGAAGUGAAGACGCUAGAGGAAGCCAUGGGUCAAGCUCUGCUUACACUGCCAUUGAAGCAGCAGCACUCUCUGUUCAUGGAAUGGUUCCGGUGUUUCUCCAGGCAUGGCAGUGAGUGCCCUAAUCUUGGCAAAGCCUUUCAAAUCUGGUGGCGCAGGUGCUUCUUGAGGGCCCCUGAAAUUCGUACCGUUGAAUCACGAUAGCCUUUCACAAAGCACCCCACUUACCAUUUGUGUAAUAUGGUCUGUAAUGUAGCUUUAGAGGCAUCAUCUAAAACAGAUUGACGUGAAUAAUGUAGAGUAGCUUUUCAGGUGUUUAAAGAGCAGUCAGUACUGGCCUUAACCAUUCA